AUGAACAGGAUUCUGAGAUUGAAACCGCGGGAAACAAAAACAGAUGCUUCUGAAAACUCAAGCAGUAAGGCAGCUGGACGGAAAGUUCCUACGCACCCGUCCACGAUGGAGAUGGUGAAAGAAGCUCUGAAAGAGUUGGACUCCAGAAAGGGUGUUUCGGCUCAGGCCAUCCGGGUUACUAAAAGAAAAUACACAACUGUAGAUGAGACGAGGCUGAAGUUUAUGGUGCGUCGAACCCUGAACAAAGGCAUUGAGACUGGUGUGUUUGUGAGACCUGCAAAUUCUGGGACGACAACAACAGGGGCCCAAGGACGCUCCGGGAUUGCUGCUAAGACCAAAGCAAAGGAGGCCAAGGUGCAGUCAAAGGAAAAUGCAGAUCCCAAUGCACCAAAGCACUCUAAACCUAAGAACGCUAAGGAUGCUAGCAGCCUAAGACGCCUGAGAGAUGGCACUGUCUCAAAGGUGGCCCCUGCUAAGAAGCCAAAGGCGAAGAAUGCUGCAGGGGAGGGUGGAACUGAGCCCAAACUCAGCAAAGCUAAAAAAGCUUCUAAAGCAUCAAAAGGAGCUGAGGAACCAGCAGCUAAGAAAGCCGGAAAGAAAACUGCAGCAAAAGCAGAGGAGGGGUGA